AUGGAAACACUUGUUUUUAAUCCUACAGACCAAUUCCCGCAGAGUGCCUACAUGAACCAUUCAUUCCAACUAAGAUAUUCUAGUAGUCUGGGUAUCUUGAAUGCGGAGAAGUACGAUGAUGGUAGGGCUUCGUUAGGAUCUCAAAGCCAUAAUAUGAUGAGUACGAAGAAUCAAAUGUCGGACCAGAUACCCUUUGGAAUCUUGGAAAGAAAUGGAAAUAGUAGUGAUACGGGAUCACCAAGUGAGGAGCAAGAGCAAGGAGGGAAGAAGCGUAGGAAGAGAGUCAGAAAUGAGUCGCCGAGUCUGGAGGAUGACGACGAAGAUGCUCGCAAGAAGGCGAGAGGGAGACCGAGAGUCGAUACUAAGGAUGAAACUGCCGCCGAUAGGCGGAGAACUCAAAUUCGACUGGCCCAAAGAGCUUACCGUCAUCGCAAAGAGACAACGAUUUCUUCUUUAGAGAAGCAGGUUCAGGAGCUUCGAGGUACAAAUGAAGAGAUGAAUAAUAUAUUUCUCAGCCUUUACGAUUUUGCCAUAAGCCGAGGUCUUCUACAACGUGAGCCAGAGUUUGGUCAGCAACUUCAAUCGACCACGGAAAGAUUCCUUGCCCUCGCAAAACAGACCGCCAGUGAUGAUAAUUUAAGGGACGAUGUUGAAUCACCAGACAAUACUGCACAUGAGUCCCAUAUUGAGACCAAAUACUCCUCAAAUCGUCGAAAUACUCAACGUUCAUCCCCUCCCAUUUCACUCCCGGAAGAGCCCACUGUCACCGAGACGACACAUCCUUGGGGCGGGUAUAUUGUGUCGAAGGAAACAAGUCAUGAGGAAGAAAGGCAGACCGAAUAUAACCAGCAGGGCGCAAGAGACCCUAAAAAUUUCGAGGUAAUUAGCAGAGCAACCGAGGAUAAUGCUAGUUUUCCCUUCGACUUCAUGAAUCUCCAGCAAUACCGAGUCGAGAUACCUUCUCCUACCAUUGAUGAUUUUUCUCAAUUUCUUUUCCCGGAAGCCCAGGUCCCGCUUCCUAACACCCACUCUUACUUUGAGCUUUCGUUUGCACGUCGAAUGCACCGCGCAGCGGUAGAGUUUCGCACUGGAUUCUCCAUGGGCCCUUUUCCCGCAGCACUCACACCAGUUUGGGAAAAUAUCAGUUCUGAUAUGAAAUGUACUAUUCCUGGAUUUGAAGGUGACUUCUUCGAUCCAAAUGAUGUUGAAGGAUAUCUCAGGGGCCAUGGAUUUGAUCCUUAUCCCGCCGCCGAUUAUAUCACAGGUCAGAUAGAUCUCGAAGCUUUAGUCAAGGCGGACGGUUCAGAGACUGACAGCACUGACUCGAGAUUCCCUCUUACACCUCGGAGUUCGACGGCUAAGGCCUCCGAUGACACUAACCAAGGUGCAUACGACUUUGAUCAUAACAAUGGCGACUUAAGUAAGGAAGUUCAAAAUGAUAGCACCUCUUCUCUUAUGAAAUUUCUAUCGUGGGAUGCCAAUCCUUUCAAGGGGACUAAUCCCUUCGAUUUAUCCGGUCCGAUAUUUGAUGGUACAGCCGGCCCCAAUUCUGAAAAUGCUUGUCCUACAGCUACUCCAAAGAACAAGAAACGUACUGUGACCAUUAAAGUCGAUACUCUGAUAAAAGAAUUGGCUGUUCAUGCAUCCUGCUUAGGGCGCACUCCUGGAUUCAGACGAGCCGAUGUGAAUGCUGCUAUUAUUGCAGCAGCAAAAGAAGCAGGAUUUGAAUGA